AUGAAUGACAAAGAUAAAAGAAGUCCAAAGAAGAUUAUUAAGACUAAGAUCAGGUUGAUCAGCUCCAUCAAUAUGCAUCUAACAAAGACAAUAUAUGCUCCACUCAUAUCUCACUGCAAAGGGAUUACCCCAAUUCACAUUAACAGUUUAAAACAAGACUCUGAGCCAAAACAUCUAGACAAAACUCUAAGUGUCUAAAACAAUUUCAGUACUUAAUAACCUAACACCCAUUCACAUUACCC